AUGGUGCGCUACGAGGGCCGGUACGUGGUGGACACGGUGUUUGACGGCAGCAAGCUGGGGAUUGAGACGCAGGCCGUCCAGAUCACCCCCGCCGUGUUCGACGGCAGCAAGCUGGGGAUCAAGCCGUACGCCGUCGAGAUCACCCCCGCCGGCGACCUCCUCGUGCUCGAAUCCAUCAACAGCAACAUCUACAGGGUCCAGCUAGCUGCUGCUGUCACCAUGUGA